AUGUUUACAAUCGAGAACGUCAAGAACGGCGAGAUCGUGCACCAGAUGAGCCUGCUCAUCAAAGGCUUCUCCGAUAAUUGCCGUAUUGCCCAUACGAGCAUCCUCGUCUCUGUGAGCGCUGAAAUUGAGCGUAGCACAGGAGGAGGCCGCAAGCAGGAGUGGCCCAUGUCCAGAGGCUACUUCAAGGCCCUUGUGAUUCUGAGCCCCGGCAAGAACGACAUCAUCAUAAGCAACUUCAGCGUUGGCUUGACCACGAUCUGUGUCAAAUACGUGCCUGUUGCGGAGACGCCUCCACUUCAUCUCGCCAUACUUGUCGCCCGUGAUUCGCCUGAGAGGAUCGACUUUCCGCCGUGUAAGGCGGGAAGUGUCGCAGAGCAUGGAACCUUGGAGGCUGCCAUCAAAAAGCUGCGCAUGGCGGCAGCCAUGUGUCAGGCCCUGCUGGCCGAGGAAAUGCAUGCCGCCGGUCUUGGGCGUCGCUCGUUCCGCCUGGAACUAGAGGACGGAAUAGACACUCUCAGGUUAGAGUCCAUGAAUGAUACUCACCGCUCGGCGUUGUAUCGGACGAUGAUCAAAGUCCACGUUCUCAGAACGGACAAGUCAGUUGCUGAGAUUCGCCGAGCAGACGGCACUCCGGGUCACAACGAGCUGCUCGAGAUAUUCAACAAGGCUCUGGAGGCCGAGCAGGGUUUGUUUGGCCCCAAGCCCGUUGUCGCUGGCUUGGUUCUUGACUCCAGCUACGACGCAAGCACGGAUAUCCUUUCGGGCCACACUUCAUUUGCCAAGCACGAUCCCAACUCCAUGUCCAUUGGCGUGAUUGGCUCUCAACUCGUGUACACAUGGCCACGAUUUUCUGAAGAGAUUCCGAAUUGCCUUGGAGACAUCACAGGGAAUGAGUUCAAUGUCCGAACAACCAACUGGGCGUCGUGCGCCAUGAGCCAAGGAUCUUUCUUCGAGAAGAUUGGCCAUGCCUUUGGCAUCCCUCUCAAGGCCACCUUCAUGAAGCUAGGCCACUGGCAAGACUGGUCCAAGCACUUCCUUCCUCAUCCACCCACGAAGGGCGAGGGCCUCCUGACCACUGAUGACAAUUUCAAGUGGGAGUGGACGUUGGAAGACCUGCUCAGCUUCCUAGGCCAGACUCACUUCGCACAGCCGUCUGAUGAAGAGCGAGACUGCCACGCGCCGACGGUCUAUGUUCGAGGACAAGCCGGUAUUGAGCAAUUGGCUGUCGAGUGCAGGGCUGGUAUUGCGGCGGCGUACAUCAACGGCAUCGCUAUACAUCGCAUGGCAAGGUCAAAACCGCUCCGGCAGCUCGUCGUCAGCUUCAUGACGCUGAGGUAUGAUUAUCAGCAGCAAGAGGCGCUGCGAUUGAAGGUGCUGUCAAUGAAUGGAAAGCACGUGGAUCUCCCGGUGUGGAAGGUUGUGUCCGCCCAGGCGCCGGUCAAUGUUCCCGGAACGGCGUUGUACCUUAGAAGGGUCAACGCCGGCCAUCCGUUGACAAAGUAUGACAGGCCGUGGGCGGCCAUGUUCUACAAGCGAGACGACCAGGGUCAGAUCGUGCGAGCGUACAAGGUUGAUAUGCGAGUUGACUCUCUUUUCCGGGGCGUGGGCAUUUACUACGAGGAUGGGAUCAAGGUCCACUGCGGAAAGCGCGGUGACCGAGACGCCCCGGCUCAUAUGAUUGCAAUUCCGAAGGGGGUGGGAAUCUGCAGCGUCGACGUGGCGUACAGUCAACCAACCCGCUUUGUUGGCAUGAAGAUACACCUUUCGAAUGGAGAGGCCAUUGGUGCCCUGAAUGAGGGCGCUUCAAAGGUCACACUAGAGAUGAAGCCAGGUCCGACUGAGGAGAUUGUCGGCUUCUACGGGAUGAACGGCCCGGACGGGGAGUGCUGCCAGUUCGGCAUCCUGAAGGGGCCCAAGAAUGUCCCACUGCCCGACUCUCUGUAUGACAAAGCUGAGCUGCAGGGUGGUUUGGGCAGCGAUUAUGAUCCUGAGAACGACAGGCGAGCAGAUGUACUUGAGGAGGAGGCAAGUGACGCUGAUGAGGCCGCUGCUUUGGAGGAGGUGGCCCGCCAGUCAGAUGUGCCUAUGACCUAUGGUUGUGAUAACGAGCGUCUGUAUGGUGAGGAGGAGGCUGAGAUUUAUUGGGAUAAUGGGGAUGAUGAUGGCAAUGGCUAUUAUUAUGAGUAUGAUCACGACAACGUUUACGAGGAUGAAUAG